AUGGCCGUAACAACACAGUUCCUUGUUACUGGUAUGUUGGUCAGUGGUGUAUGCAACACUAUUCUGAACAAACUCCAAGACAUGCAAUGUGUUUCUAACUGUGACGAUCCGGAUCCCUCAAAACACGAAUAUUUCGAACAGCCCGUGUGGCAAACUUUGAAUAUGUUUAUUGGUGAAACUAUGUGUUUUGCUGCUGCUUAUAUCAUUUUAUACUGGGAACGUCGUCAAGAAAAAAUAAACAGGGAUACAGUAUAUGUACCUUUAGAAGCCGAAGCCACAUCAGCUAAUGAUUCCGAAACGUUAACAGUUGUUGGUGGAUCUGAUAGUUCACCCAUAAAGAUCGACGAUGAAUUUCUUGGUCCUACACAAGAAAUGUCAGGUUGGAGAGUAUAUUUGUUCUUGUUGCCUACAUUAUGUGAUAUUAUGGGCACUACAUUUAUGAAUGUCGGCCUUAUUUAUACAUCUGCAUCUGUCUAUCAAAUGUUACGUGGAGCGGUUGUGCUAUUUACUGGCACCUUCUCUGUAUUAUUUCUUCGUCGACGCUUGCAUCCAUAUCACUGGUUUUCAUUGUUUCUUGUAGUAUUAGGUGUAUCAAUUGUUGGAAUGAGUAGUAUACUAUUUCCGCCCGUAAAACUUGCAACACCAAUCGGUACGACAUCUAUUGAAAGCACAGAUAUUUCAAUAGAAGCGAUGGUUGGUGUUUUCUUCGUUAUAUUUGCACAAUUGUUCACAGCAUCGCAAUUCGUCAUAGAAGAAAAAAUUAUGGAAAAAUAUCGAGUUAAACCUGUUAUGGCAGUAGGGUUAGAAGGAAUAUUUGGGUUAACUACAGUAAUUUUUGGAAUGAUUGUAUUAUAUUUCUUAUUUGGUAUAACACAUCCUGGUGGAUAUUUUGACAUUUCAGUCGGAUUUAGCCAAAUUAUUAGUUUCAGACAAAUUUGGAUUUCUGGCAUUGCAAUAUGUUUUUCUAUAGCAUUUUUCAAUUUCUUUGGAUUAAGUGUUACUCGUCUUAUUAGUGCCACUGCUAGGUCUACUAUUGAUACUAGCAGAAUUGUUUUUAUUUGGAUUGUUUCUUUGUUUCUUGGAUGGGAAAUAUUUUCUUGGUUACAAGUCUUUGGAUUUGUUGUUCUCAUCGCUGGAACCUUUAUCUUUAACGAUGUAAUACGUCCACCACCUUGUUUCACUGUUCCACCAAAAGAAACUUUAGAAAAUCAACCUUU